GUCUACUUCGUACCUAAUAAUACUAUCGACCUACAACAUCACAACACAUGAGGGUAUAUAACUAGGUAAUCAACAGGUAAAAAUUCAAAUAGUAAAUCAGAUAAUAGUAUAAUAGAUAAUAACCCAGUUAUCACUUUACCCAGGAUAACCAGGAACACUUUUACACCCCUCCAACUCAUACAUACAUAACCCCCAGAAAAAAAAUCUACAAUAUUAUCUUAAAGGAUCCCAGCCCUCAAUAUCUUCCGUGGAAAUAUAUCUACAUAGAAAGGAAGAAGAAUGCUGCUACACCCAUAAGCGUAAAGCUAACGCUUGUCUUAACACUACCAGCAACAACCACGACGCAGUUGGCUCCCUUGCAGCCUGCAGCCCCAGUCGACGCCGCACCGCCAGGGUUUAUGAAUGAUGUCGUUAUUGUUCCGUUGUAGCCUAGGUUGAUGCUGCUGGCGGGGGCCACGGUUGGCGUUACGACAACAUAAGACUCGCCAUUAGUGAUGGUGGUACUACCGCUGCUGCUGCUGCCCUCGGUUGCCGACGACUUAACCUCCUCGCUGCUGGCCGUUGUAGGGCUCGGGGUCGAGACUACGCCCGUCUCCGUCACCGUACUCUUGGUUUCCGGCUUCUUCACGUCGCUGGUGCUCUCGGCCGGCGCCGGCUUGGUGACUGUACUAGGUGUCUCGGCGGGUUUGCUAAUAGUGCCGGGUGUCUCGACCGGCUUGCUUGAGCUAGGGCUAGGGCCGGCACUUGAGCUGGGGGUGGCGCUUGAGCUUUCCUUGCUCACAGGACACACGGUCGUCGUGAGGGUAACUUCACUAGUGACGGCACCGACGGGGCAGUUAGUAACAGUGGCCGCGCACGAGGUGAUCGUGUAUGUAUUCGUCACUUUAACUACGCUGGUGGUGUACUCGGCGGGAGCACUGGCAGUCGGCGUUGGCUCAGUCUUGGAGCCUUCCGAUUUGGUCACAGGGCAGACAGUGGUUCCGACCGAAAUAAUUUUGGUAGUGACGUAACCGCCCGCGGGGCAGUUGGUCACUGUCGGGGCACAUGAUGUGACAGUGUGGAUAUCAGUUGAAUAAAUGGUUGAGGUGGUCAACUCCUGCUUGUCAGUGGUGGCAGAGUUGUUUGAGGACUUGGUAGUAGUGGCUGAGACGCUUAUAGUUGGCGAUGCGACAGAUGAGCUCGAGGUUUCUCCAUUCUCAUCAGUGCAAGAAUCGUCGUCUUCAGAGGCGGUUGAUGUUGCAGUACCUUGCGAGGCAGAGGAAGUCGUCGUUACUGACGCGCCAGAGCUGGUAGACUGGGUCGACACAGAGGCGGUAGUAGACUUGGUCGACACUGAGGAGGUGGUGGAGACGGUCGAGGCGGUCGAAGCAGAGCUAGACGAGAUAGCUGUGCUGGACGUGCUGGACGUGCUGCGCCGUUGACGAGGUUGAAACUU